AUAAUUCAUAUGAAAAAUAUCAGAAUUUAGUAACGAGUGAAUCAAUCAGCACUUCAAAUGGUCAAACAUUUACACAAUCAGCUGUCACUACUACUACUACUAUUACUACUACUACUACUACUACUACUACUAUAAAGCCGUCGACAACAAUAGCAAGCAAUGGUCUGUUAUCUCCGCCGCCAAUCAAUGUCCGUAAAUAUAGUCUUCCUUUGAUAAAUGCAAAGCAAAUAUCUCCGAAUCAAUAUAUGGAAAGUUGUGAACCGAGAAAAUCAUUUCAGUCGACAAUUUUGGAUAGUCUUGAUCUGACCACUCAUAAGAAACGAUUAUCUCAGGUGGGAAUCGCUGUCAGUCAUCACUUAACGUCAACUAUUGGUCUUAAGCCGAGUCACAGCAAUAUUGUGAAGGAAUCCAAGUGUUUGUGUUCGCGAUUCAUAAGAUUUAAACUUAGAAAGAGUGGUAUCAUUGAUAACAAGCGUUUUAAUCUACAAAAACUACGGAAUCUCUGCAAUAUUACUGUUGACUCGCGUACUAGUCUUGUGGCCAAUCAGUUGAAAUGUCUGGUCCUUGAGUUAGAGACAAAUUAUCCCAAACUAUAUAACAGUGUUCUCAAUAAUAUAACAUCUCAUCCGUUAAAAUCUGUUAAUGAAAUUCAAUCAAUUCUUCAGAUAAUAUCACAAGAGUUGUUCCGAAAUGACAUAACGUGGGCUAGAAUUGCGGCACUUUUUGCUAUUACUGGUGCACUGGCUGUUGAUUGUGUACAAGUAGGUCAUCCGGAAUAUAUACUUCCUAUUAUAGACACAUUUACAGCAUUUGUUGAUAGAGAUAUUGCAGGUUGGAUCGCACAACAGGGAGGUUGGGCUUAA